AUGGAUUUUGAAGCAAUCAACAAGGUUAAUCAUCUCGAGGAUUUUUUACCAACCAAGAAGCUUACUGAUUUGACUGUCAAUAAUGAAUACCGAAUUUCUGAAUUGAAGAUUGUCAAUACAAAAUUUGGACCUCGUAUUAUUGCAAUUAUUGAUGAUCUUUACGUUGUAUUUUUACCUGCUAGAACGGCAAAAUUAUUAAAAGAUCCUGAAGAUAUAAAAAAAUUCAACGUAGCAGCACUGAAAAAAGAACUUUUCUUGUUGUAUCUUGGUGGUCAAUUUAAUAACUUUGAAUUUUUACGUAAAAAUUUAAAUUAA